UAACCCCUCACCUAGAUCAUCCUUUGUGCAUCGCGCGCUUGAGGUUGAUUUCUCUGCGCUCUGCCCAGCUGCCAGCACCGGCAUUGGCUCGCCAAGCACACACACGUAGGCGCGUAUCCGACCGACCAACCCCCUUCUCCCCCGGCAGCAGCAGACUGGAGAGCCGGCGAACGGCGGGACAGCCAGGCAGCGAUAACCAGCUGCUGCAGCUCCGACAGCAGGGAAAGGACCGAUAUCUCCACCGAACCAGGAGGUGUGUCACUGUGCUGAGUCCCCUUAUUGUGUGCAGCAGCACCAUGGCAGCUACGGGACCUGAGGACAGAGCUGAGGAAGGGCCGGGGGGGGCUGCAGUCUGCCCCCAGGGACUGCAGGCCUGCACCUCUACAACCACGCACAGCAGCAAUGGGCAGAACAAUCUGGUGUGUACACCAAGGUGCGCCCAGGCUGAAAAAGCAUUCAUGCAGAGCGGCCAUCAGAAGAACAGGACAUCAGUCCAGCUGCAGAGGGAGGCUGAGCGAGGCUGGAGCAACAUGGCUACCCCCUCCCACACUGGGGGACCCACAAUAAACCUGGGCAAUAGUUUCCGGAGCCCGGAGUCGGUCGAGAUGGACGAGAUCAUGGCGGCCAUGGUUCUGACAAGCCUGUCCUGCAGCCCCGUGGUGCAGAGCCUUCCCAACACUGAUCCUGGACAAGCCGCCUCAACCUCAGCUGACAUGGAGUGCGGUGGUGGAGAGCUCUCUGACAGCGGCAGCAGUGGCUACUGGAGCUGGGACCACGGCAACGUAAGCCCCGCCCCUUCGUCUUCAGUCACUGAGAUUGACAGCAGCCCCGAUGAAGGCCUACAGAUGGAGCUGGAGCAGGGGGAGGAGCUUAAUGCCAAAAAGCCAAAGAGCUCUUUCAGAAGUGUGUACAGGUGUCUCUGGCCCAGCUGUGGCAAGGUGCUCACGUCUUCAGUCGGAAUAAAAAGACACAUCCGGGUGCUGCAUCUGGGCAGUGGGUCAGAUCAGUCCCGGAGAGAAGAAGACUUCUACUACACCAAGUUCUCCUGUGAGAGCGUGGACUCCAACCUAACUCCGGCCCCGUCCCAGCAGGCUCUGGGCCAGGCCUCGUCCUCUCAUCUCAGCUGGGCCCCCUGCGAUACUCCUCCGGCCUCUGGGGUCCAGAUCCCUCCAGCUCACAGACCCAGGUCCAACUCCAGCUCCGGGCCGGGCCCCAGCAGGCCAAGUCCGCUCAGCCAGUCGGCCCCCAGCAGCUUCUGGCAGAUCCACUCGGAGCAUCUGUAUCAGGCCUGCAGCCCCGUCCAGGUAUCUGUGGCCCCCAUGACCCCCGGAUGCCAGGGUUGGACCCCCUCCACCUCCGUCUCUGGCCAUAGUAACACUCCGGUGGUGAAGCCUCGCUGUCGCUCCGUCAGUGUGGGGGAACAGUGGCUCCAGCAGAACAGGCUGCAGCCUAUGAGUGCUUCACCCUCCCGCACUCACUGCUCCUUCAGGAAGGGUCGCGGUGAGGCCAAAAAGUGCCGUAAGGUGUAUGGAGUGGAGCGCAAGGAUCAGUGGUGCACCGCCUGUCGCUGGAAAAAAGCCUGUCAGCGCUUCCCUGACUAAAGACUGUUGUGUGAUGAAGAGCGAGAGCAUGAAAGACGAAGACGUUAAUGAAUGGAUGAAUGAUAAAAAGAGACUUUUAUCAAAAAGAGGAUAUACUCCAGGGCCUGAGAGCCUACAAGAAAAACCACAAGUCUGUUUUAUUUUCAGGCUACAUCCACACAAAUACAUUUUUGGUGUUAAAACACAUGAUACUGCUACAUUAACGCCUAGCGUCCACAUUACAAAAUUGGUGUUUUUGAACCAAUAAAGCAGAGACCUUUGAAACAUUGCUGACCCUGUUUAUGUUUGAAAACUCUGGGAUUGCAUUUCAGUCCAGACAGGUGGAAGCAGAAUCUUUUGAAAAGGAUCAAGCCUAUGUUAGCAUACUGUUCUUGUAAAGGCAGAAACAAAGUCUUUUGAAAAUGCUAAAGCCUACGUUAGCUUGCUGUUUUUGUCCAGGCAGAAACAGAGUCUUUAAAGAAAGCUAAAGCCUAUGUUAGCAUACGGUUGCUUUUCAGGAGGAAACAAGAGUCUUUUAAAAAUUCUAAAGCUUACGUUAGCUUACUGUUCUUGUACAAGCGGAAACAGUCAUUAAAAAAAUGCUAAAGCCUAUGUUAGCGUACUGUUGUCUAACAGGCAUCAUGUCCUUGCCCAUUGCAACAUGUCCCCAUUACUUAAUCUUUUUCCGAAAAGCAACGACGAUGCUGUGUGCUUUCCGUUGACUCCAUAUCUAUGGAUUAUUUUCACAGCCUUUACCGCCCUAAAAUGUUGCAUUAAUGUCAGUGACAGUUCAACCUCGUCUCUGGUCAUACUUCCCGCCAUUGCUGUUGUUCCUCCGUAGUACCUUGUGGAACUAAAAGACUAACCUCACUGUCGACAAUCUGCUUUCUGUUUACACCGGCACACGCAGACCCAGUGUAAAUGAAUGGUCAUGUGAUGUGUGUUAUCAGGCAUGUUCGUAUUGGCGGAGGUUCUUUCUGAAACGGUGCUAAAACGCCUGUGUUUACAGAGAUCUUAUCCGUGUGGAUGUAGCCUCAACCUUUUCAUUUUCUUUCUAGAGAAAUGCAAAUGGAUUUUCUGUAUCUUUGUAACUUGAUCCUGAAAACUGAAGUCUGCGAUGGUGCUAACUGUUGACUGACUUUAACCAUGUGACGUGUUAAACCUACUCUCCUACUUUAUCCAAAGGUUAUAUAACUGCCCCUGUAGCUCCACUGUAUUAGAUCGCUACUUGGCUGUUUUCUUUAUUCCAACCUUCUCUUCCAGUGGUUACACAGUGGUUAUGAUGUACAUUAUAUUGUGUGCUUUGAGUUACGUACGAGUAUUUUAUACCUUUUUUUUUAAUUGUCUCGUUCCGCCUGUGUACUGGGCAGAUUAUUUUUUGGGGAACUUUCAUGUUUUUUGGCACUUUGUUGGAAUAUAAACUCACAAGAAUAAGCUACAAUUGGUUCGACUCAACCAAAUUCCUAUUUCCUUCCUGCCCAUGUGUUGGCAUACAUCCAGUGUUAAUGGUUUUAUCCUUGAAGCUAUCGAGUCAUGGCAGUGGGACGACUAGUGUUAGGGAAACGAGUUUGUAAUAGCAAUAAAUAAGAGAAAAAAUAUAUUGUCAAACACAAAUUAAAAAGCACUGAUAACUUGAAA